CCUAACUCGGCCACCCGCGCCUCCUCUCCCCGCCGCCACCCGCGCCUCCUCCCAACCCGCCGCCACCCGCGCCUCCUCUCCCGCCGUCCGUCGCCGUCGCCGUCGAGCUCCCCCGCCCCUCCACCGCCUCCAGUACCCUAAUGGCCGCCCGGCCCGCCGCUCCCCACCCCGUUGCGCCGGCGAGAUCCACUGCCCCCGACGCCGCCCACCGGCUAUCUCCUCCCGCCGCCUCGCCCUCCGCCGUCUCGGCCGCCACCAUCGCCGGGCCACCGGAGGCGCCACCGCCCGCGCCAGUAACCCCCAACCCCACCCCUCCGAUGGAGGCGCCACCGCCCGCGCCAGAAAUCCCCAACCCCACCCCUUCGAUGGAGGAGGAGGUAAAGCCCACGGACGGAUCCGGUUCCGCCGUUGACAUGGGGUUGUUGUUGUCCGAGUUGUCGAUUCGGGAGGUCCUGCUGAACUGCAGUGUUCGCUUGAUCGAUGAGGUGGCAGAGCUCAUCAAGAAGUCCGGCGCGCCGUCAUUGACGUCCAUCCUGGAUGACCUCCGCCAAACUAUCGCUCUACAGCCAGGCCUCAACAGUGCACAGAGGGACGCCGCGGAACAAAUUGCCAUCCAGCGCAAGAUCCUCGAGUACCAGGCUCAAUAUGAGGAGCCGGCGGCGGCGGCUCUUAGGCAGCAUCCUCCCAGGUCGGCUGCAAUCACCAAGCUGAUCACCGGCAUUGCAGACAAAUACUUCCUUGAUGCCUUGGAGCUCGACUUCUCUGGGCGACACUCGUGGCCAACGGUUUCCUCAUUGUCGCUCCGUGUGUCGCCGGAGAUCAGCGCCAAUAAGUUUGGCAGCGCCGUCAUCGCCCGUGCCGACCACGAAAUCAUCGUCAUGUACUUCGGCACCUAUCGUCCUUGUAUGCACGGCCCAGGGUUUUAUCUCAUCUACGAUGCCAAGCUCAAGACCCUAGCUGCCGCUGCUCAGGUGCCCAAGUGUAUCUCCUUAUUUUCGCACCGCUGCAUUGGGUCUGGUGCUGCUGUACUUCGCCUUCCACCGUCCAGCGACUCUGGCUAUGUCCUUGUUGAGCUUCUACUUCGCCUUGACAGCAAUUGGCUCCCGACAUCAAAUGCCACACUACUUACUUGGUCCAACAGUUCUAGCAGCCAACCUUCUUGGGUAGAGACAGAGGUUGUCCUCCCCCAGCAAGUCAACGGAUAUGCAUUCCAUGCUGAUACAGUUUUUCCGGUGGGAACCAGCGGCCUCUGCUGGGCUGAUCUGACCAAGGGUAUUUUGGUGUGUGAAAAUCUGCUAGCUCAAGUUCCAGAAUUCAAAUUUAUAUCACUGCCACUACUCUCUGAUCCUUUGCAUGGCCGGGGGCGUCCAGAGGAGAGCCGUUGCAUAGCUGGGUCAAGCUGUCAAAGCACCAUCAUUAGGUUUGCUUAUGUGGAGGGAAGGACCAUCACGAUGUGGAAUUUGAAUCUUGCUGACAUGGAAUUUGGGUGGAAGAGAGCUAUGUGCUUUGACAUGCAAUACACACCUGAUGGUCCUAUUUCCCAUCCUCUUCUAAGUGUGGUUGAAGAUGAUGUCUUAUAUGUUGAUAUCAACACCAAGAAGCUACCAGGAUACCACAUGGUUCUAUAUAAAGGACUUAUGUUGGCGUGUGUUCCACGGUCACAACGUGUGAGCGAUAAGAUCGUCGCCUCCUCCUCAUGCUUCCUGUAAAAAGAUUAAUGGAUCCUUAGCACGGAGGGCCAUUGCAAGGGGGCUCAUAAGGAUGGUCUUUGUUCAUUCCAGCCAGCAGAUAUACACCAGGGCAACCAACACAUGAGGGAUGUUUUGCAUCUUGUCGAUGUUAUCUAUUCUAGACGACUUGGUGUUGCUAUUAUAUGUCAAGUUUAUUUGAAUCAUGGCUCAGUCAAAUCUUACUGUUGUGUUGAAUGUUGAAUAUUUUUGAAAUUAUUGAACUAUUUUAAGCUCAUGUUGACAUCCAAAUAUUUAUCUUGAUGAGGAAUAUCAACCUAUCUCUGCUCCGCUAUUUGGCAUGUUA